AUGAAGGGUCCCCGGGACCCAGGUUGCCCUGGGGCUGGUUUCUCAUCUAGCCACAGCCCUCAAGCGUCGACUCUUGCCAUGGAGGAAGCUGAACUAAUCAUGGGAGGUCAGGCAGUGGGCGCCCUGGACCCCUUGGCCCUGUCUUCCUGGGAAAGACGACUCCACCGGGCCAAAUGUGCACCCUCGUUUUUGUUCUCCUGCUUCAACGGGGGUGAAUGUGUGCACCCAGCCUUCUGUGACUGCAGACGCUUCAAUGCCACAGGACCACGCUGCCAGAUGGUGUACAACCCUGGUCCUGAGCGGGACAACAUCUGCAGAGCGUGGGGACAGCAUCACGUGGAGACAUUUGAUGGCCUCUACUACUACCUAUCUGGGAAGGGGAGCUACACGCUGGUGGGGCGCCAUGACCCCGAAGGGCAGACCUUCUCAGUGCAGGUACACAAUGACCCACAGUGUGGCUCAGCACCCUACUCCUGUGCCCGGUCUGUCAGCCUCUUCUUUGCUGGGGAGGAAGAGAUCCACUUGGCUAAGGAGGUGACCCACGGGGAUGUGAGGGUUCCCCUGCCACAUGUGGUGGGGAGCGUGCAUCUGCACCAGCUGGCAGCUUAUGUCAUCGUGCGCCAUCCAUCCACCUUCACACUGGCCUGGGAUGGCACCUCAGCUGUCUACAUCAAGAUGAACCCCGAGUUCAUGGGCUGGACCCACGGACUAUGCGGGAACAAUAAUGCUGACCCCCUGGAUGACUUGGUGACCAGCUAUGGGAAGCUAACAGAUGAUGUGGCUGAAUUUGUGCACAGCUGGCAGGAGCAGAUCCCUCGUCAACCUCCAGGACCCAUGAGCUCCUCCCUGCCCCGACCUCCCUGCCUGCAGCAGAGCCCUGGGACCAUGCAGGGUGUGUAUGAGCGCUGUGAGGUGCUGCUUCGUGCCCCCUUUGUUGCCUGCCAUGCCUUCGUCAGUCCUCUACCCUUUAUGGCCAGCUGCACCAGCGACCUUUGCCAGUCAUUGGGCGAUGAAGCCACAUGGUGUCGGGCACUCGCAGAGUACGCACGGGCAUGUGCGCAGGCAGGGCGACCCAUGCAGGGCUGGAGAACCCAGCUCAGGCAAUGCACUGUGCAUUGCAAGGAAAAGGCCUUUACCUACAACGAAUGCAUUGCUUGCUGUCCCACCACCUGUCAGCCCAGGGCAUCCUGUGUGGACAGCGAGAUUGCCUGCGUGGACGGCUGCUACUGCCCUGAUGGGCUGAUCUUCGAGGACGGGGGCUGCGUGGCACCCGCCGAGUGUCCCUGUGAGUUUCACGGGGCCCUGUACCCAACUGGCUCGGUGGUGAAAGAAGACUGCAAUUCCUGCACGUGUACAGCAGGCAAAUGGGUAUGCACCACAUCUGUCUGCCCAGCCGAGUGUUCAGUGACUGGUGAUAUCCACUUCACCACCUUUGAUGGCCGCCGGUACACGUUUCCUGCCACAUGCCAGUACAUCCUGGCCAAGAGUCGUUCCUCAGGCACUUUCACUGUGACGCUGCAAAACACCCCCUGUGGGUUGAACCAGGAUGGAAUCUGUGUCCAGUCAGUAUCGGUGAUUCUGCACCAGGACCCUCGGAGGCAGGUGACCCUGACUCAAGCAGGGGAUGUCCUCCUGUUUGAUCAGUACAAGGUCACCCCACCCUAUACUGAUGAUGCCUUUGAGAUACGGAGGCUCUCCUCCGUAUUCCUGCGAGUGAGGACCAAUGUGGGCGUGAAGGUGCUCUAUGACCGUGAAGGACUGCGGCUCUACCUGCAGGUGGACCAGCGAUGGGUGGAGGACACUGUGGGCCUCUGCGGCACCUUCAAUGGCAACACACAGGAUGACUUUCUGUCCCCAGUGGGUGUGCCAGAAAGCACUCCACAACUUUUUGGAAAUUCUUGGAAAACACUGUCUGCCUGCUCCCCGCUGGUCUCUGGCACCCCACCAGAUCCUUGUGAUGUGCACCUACAAGCUGCCUCCUAUGCUGUGCAGUCCUGCAGCGUGCUCACUGGGGAGCCCUUCGCGCCCUGCUCUGCCUACCUGAACCCUGUGCCGUACUUUGAGCAGUGCCGCCGGGAUGCCUGCCGCUGCGGGCAGACCUGCCUGUGCGCCACACUGGCCCACUAUGCCCGCCUGUGCAGACGCCAUGGGCUCCCUGUCGACUUCCGUGCCCACCUGCCGGCUUGUGCACUGUCCUGUGAAGCCACCAAGGAAUACAGCCCCUGUGUGGGCCCCUGCAGGCAGACAUGUCAGGAGCUGGCCAACCCCGAGGCCUGUGCGGUGGAUGCUGGUGGUAAGCUUAGCGGGGACGAGUGUGUGGAGGGCUGUGCCUGCCCACCCGACACCUAUCUGGACACCCAGGCUGACCUCUGUGUUCCCAGAAACCAGUGUUCGUGCCACUUCCAGGGCAUGGACUAUCCCCCUGGAGACACUGACAUCCCAGCUCUCGGCCACUGCCAUUGCAAAGAUGGAAUCAUGAGCUGUGAUAGCAGAGCUCCAGCCACUGCCUGCCCCACUGGCCAGGUCUUCGUGAACUGCAGUGACCCAUACAUCAAUCCCGAGCUGAACAGAGAAAGGACAUGUGAGCAGCAGCUGCUGAACCUGAGCGUGCCGGCCCGUGGCCCCUGCCUGUCAGGAUGUGCUUGUCCCCAGGGCCUUCUCAGACAUGGGGAUGCAUGCUUCCUGCCAGAGGAGUGUCCAUGUACUUGGAAAGGGAAGGAGUAUUUCCCUGGGGACCAAGUUAUGUCUCCCUGCCAUAGCUGUGUGUGUCAGCAAGGCUCAUUCCAGUGCAUUCUCCAUCCCUGCGCUGCUACCUGCACGGCCUACGGUGAUCGCCAUUACCGCACAUUUGAUGGACUCCCCUUUGACUUUGUGGGAGCAUGCAAAGUGCACCUGAUCAAGAGCACGUCAGAUUUCAGCUUCUCUGUGAUUAUAGAGAAUGUAAACUGCUACAGCUCUGGAAUCAUCUGCAGGAAAUUUAUUUCCAUCAAUGUUGGGAAUUCACUGAUCAUCUUUGAAGAUGACUCUGGAAAUCCUAGUCCGGAGAGUUUCCUGGACAAGAAGCAGGAAGUCCACACAUGGCGAGCGGGCUUUUUCACGCUGGUGCAUUUUCCACGGGAGCACAUCACCCUUUUGUGGGACCAGCAGACUACAGUGCACAUCCAAGCUGGACCACAGUGGCAGGGCCAGCUUGCAGGACUAUGUGGGAACUUUGACUUAAAAACCAUCAAUGAGAUGAGGACCCCGGAGAACCUAGAGCUAACUAACCCCCAGGAAUUUGGCAGCAGUUGGGCUGCAGUGGAGUGCCCAGACACCCAGGACUCCCGGGACACGUGUGUUCUGAAUCCUCUCCGAGAACCAUUUGCCAAAAAGGAGUGUGGUGUGCUGCUGAGCCCAGUGUUUGAGACCUGCCACCCUGUGGUUGAUGUCACUUGGUUUUACUCCAACUGCCUGACAGACACAUGUGGGUGUAGCCGAGGCGGGGACUGUGAGUGUUUCUGUGCCAGUGUAUCUGCCUAUGCCCACCAGUGCUGCCAGCAUGGGGUGGCGAUUGACUGGCGGACGCCUCGUCUCUGUCCAUAUGACUGCGACUACUUUAACAAAGCCCUAGGGAAGGGCCCCUACCAGCUGGCCAGCUUGGCAGCUCCCGGCACCUUGGUGGCAGCGAGGACAGUGGGCAGUGCUUUAGUCUUGGUGCAUGCAGAGGAUGCCCCUCAAGGGUUCCUGACAAGCUUCCUACUGACAGCAGCACUAUCCAAGGCCGAGGCCCAUGACCCGGAUGUGGUGUCUCUGGAGGCAGUGGACAGACCCAACUUCUUCCUCCAUGUCACAGCCAAUGGGUCUCUGAACCUGGCUCAGUGGCAAGACAGCGACACCUUCCACCGUCGUGCCUCCUUCUCCCUGCACCGGGGUGCUGGGCGGCGGGAGGGCCUGGUGGCACUCGAGUCACUGGCAGAGCCCGGGGCCUUCCUCCACGUGGCAGGCCCUGGCCCUACAGUGUCCCUGCAGCUGUACCAGCACUCAGAGGCCUUCCGCCAGGCCACCCUCUUCCACCUUCUGGAUGCCAAGCCUUCAGGGGUUGCCUACCCGGCUUGUGAGUGGCGCUAUGAUGCCUGUGCCAGCCCUUGCUUCCAGACCUGCAGGGAUCCACAGGCAGCCAGUUGCCAGGAUGUGCCCAGGGUGGAAGGCUGUGUGCCUGCAUGCCCCUCCCCAAGGGUCCUGGAUGAAGUCACACAGAGAUGCGUCUACCUGGAAGACUGUGUGGAGCCCGCGCUCCUGAUCUCCACAGACAUCCCCAGGAACCAGACCUUCCCUCCACCGUGGCCCACCACCCGUGACAAGGAGCUGCAGUCACUGUCAGGACCUCCAGGGGUUCCCUCCCAGGAGCCAACACUCACCCCCACUGCCCCCCUCAGCAUGGCCCCCAACCCACCCUCUGAGGAACCACCAUUGUCUCCAGGCACCCCCAGAGCCACUCUCCAGCAGCUGCUGGGGGUCACUAACCUCCCUGCUCACCCCACCAAGGUCCCAGAUGGCCACAAAGUUAUUAACAAUCUUGUCACCACCCAAGGCCCUGAGGCUUCCUCUCUCACAGCAGACACCCAUCCAGUGGAGCAGACACCAGCUCCUGGCAUGGGGCCGGGUAUCACAGAGAAAACCAGGGUGACUAUGCCCUUGACAGGGAUGUCCAAUGUCACCAUCCUGACCCAGUCACCCCUUGUGCCCCACUUUCCACUCAUGACCAAAGCGGUGACUGCCACAGGUGCUGGGUCCAUGCCUAUCAAGACCACCCCCCUGCAGCCCAGCGUGGAGCCUGAGAGUCCCUCCCACCAUGGCACUGAGGCUUCUUCAACAGUGACCUCUAGACCCCUCACUUCCUCAGGGUCCCAUGAGGCUUUGCUGACACCUGCAAUUGCAGAGAUUAGCAGCAGGACAGGGAGCCCCCAGACUCCACAAUCCCAGAGCAUUGCCAGUCCCAGAAGCCCCCCAACCGAGGCUGGGACAUCUUCAGUGAAGCAUCAUCCUGGUCCCCUGACGACCAAGAGAGCAGAGAUGGUGCUAUCCACAGAGAGGGCCCAGGCAGGACUCGGUCAGUCCACAGACCUGCCGCCAUCCCUGCUUCCAGGACAAGUCCCCUCAGCCCCACUCGGACCUGCCUGGGACACCUCCACAGCCACUGAUUCUCCAGCCAGGCUCCCAGCCACCCCGGCUACCCACAGCCUGUCUACGGCUCCCCACAAGCUGAAAACUACAACCUUCAUGUCUGCAGAGUCAACCCAGCCACCCCAGCUCCUCUCGGGCCUGCCCCCUGACACCAGCCUGCCCCUGGCCAAGGUGGGCACAUCCGCCCCUGUGGCCUUGCCUGACCCAAUGGAAUCUGUCAUCACUCCUCCACUCCAGCCACAGGCCACAUCUCUCGCCAGUACCACGAUGCCACCUGCUUGGACACAUAGGCCGGCUGUACCUCUCACCCAGGCCAUCUUCACCCAGGAGCAUGUUACAAGUCACACCAGCCCUCAGGCCCUGGGCACAGCACCAGGCCUGCUUUUAGGAGACACAAUGCCAACUUCCGGAGCUGAGGCCGAGUGGGCUCCUUCCACAGUGCCCAGUGUUCUGGCACCUAAGAGUACCACAGGGCAGACGGCCAUCCUGUCCAAGCAGGUGUCUCUGCCCAGCUCAAUGGAUGGCACUGGACAGGGAGGACACACAGAGCUCCUGCCAACUGCAGCUCACACACUUGCUGCUGUCAUGGUGAUGACAGAGGUGCAGGGUCCCUGGGCCAGCACAGCACCUGCAGGGCCCACCUCCCACCCACUGAGUGGCAUCUCACCCAGGACGGCCUCCAGAGAGAGCUCAGUGGCGCUGUUCCCUCAGCUUUCUGAGGCCCACGGCCCCUCUGCAGGCCCAGAGGUGCCCGCAGAGUCAGUGGGAGAGGCUACCACAGAGCAGUCUGUGCGCUCAGCUCCGGUCCAGAGCAUCCCUGAAGACUCAGCUUGGGCCACCACGGAGGCCAAUAUUUCUGCUGCUUGUGUGCCAAUUGCCGAGCAGGACUGUGUCCGUCACAUCUGCCUUGAGGGUCAGCUGAUCCGUGUGAACCAGACCCAGCACUGUCCCCAGGGCGCAGUUCCCCCUCGCUGCGGGGUCUUGGGCCUCGGUGUGAGGGUGGGCGGUGAUCACUGCUGUCCAGUCUGGGAGUGUGCCUGCCGCUGCUCCAUCUUCCCUGAUCUCAGUUUUGUGACCUUUGACGGCAGCCACGCAGCCCUGUUCAAGGAGGCCAUCUACAGCCUCAGCCAGAGCCUCGAGGAACUGGUCACUGUCCAUGUCCUGGACUGCAAAAGUGCCAACCUGGGACAUCUGAACUGGCCCCCGUUCUGUCUGGUGAUGCUGAAUGUGACUCACCUGACCCAUUGGAUCACCAUUGAUCGCUUUAACAGGAAGGUGACUGUGGAUGGGCAGGCUGUGUGGCCCCCAGUGAGCAGGCAUGGGUUCAGGAUUGAAGACACAGGACACAUGUACCUGAUCCGGACGCCAUCACACAUCCAGAUCCAAUGGCUCCACAGCUCGGGACUCAUGAUCCUGGAGGCCAGCAAAGCCAGUGAGGUCCAGAGCCGGGGACUUUGUGGGAUUUGUGAUGGAGAUACAGCCAAUGACCUCACCCUAAAGGAUGGUUCUGUGGUGGGUGAGAUUGAGGACCCUGCAACCUUCCUGGACAGCUGGCAGGUGCCCAGCUCCCUCACCUCAGUAGGCCAGACCCGCUUCCGCCCAGACAGCUGUGCCACUGCUGACUGCUCGCCCUGCAUUCGCAUGGUAUCCAACCGCACCUUCAGUGCCUGCCACCGCUUUGUGCCUCCAGAGUCCUUCUGUGAGCUGUGGAUCCGAGACACCAAGUAUGUGCAGCAGCCCUGCGUGGCGCUGACUGUGUAUGUGGCCAUGUGCCACAAGUUCCACGUGUGCAUCGAAUGGCGGCGCUCUGACUACUGCCCCUUCCUGUGCUCCAGUGACUCCACAUAUCAGCCAUGCUUGGUGGCCUGUGAGCCCCCUGAAACAUGUCAGGAUGGAAUGCUGGGCCCGGUAGACCCAGAGCGGUGCCAGGUACUAGGUGAGGGCUGUGUCUGCUCUGAGGGAAGUAUCCUGCACCGACGUCACUCGGCCCUGUGCAUCCCGCCAGAGAAGUGUGCCUGCACUGACAGUACAGGGGUGCCACGGGCCCUGGGGGAGACCUGGAACAGCUCCCUGAGUGGCUGCAGCCAGCAGCUGUGCCAGGCCCCUGACACUGUGGUCCCAGUGGAACUGCACUGUCCCGGCCCACGGCCCGAGAGCUGCCCACGCUUUGGGGAGGUGAUCCUGCUGCUGCCCACCCAGGACCCCUGCUGCCUGAGUGCUGUAUGUGUGUGUAACCACACUCUGUGUGAGGGGCUCGCCCCCACCUGCCGUCCUGGCCACGGACUCAUCACCCACUUCCAGGAGGACUCCUGCUGCCCUCGCUACAGCUGUGAGUGUGACCCGGACCUGUGUGAGGUACAGCCACUCCCCAAUUGCCGCCCAGACCAGAUGCUGAUCGUUGGCCGCCUGGGGGACACGUGCUGUUCCUCUUACUUCUGUGCCUGUGGUGACUGUCCGGACCCGAUCCCUGAGUGCCAGGAGGGAGAGGCCCUCACUGUGGACAGGAACAGCACUGAGCUCUGCUGCCCUCUGUACCAGUGUGUUUGUGAGAACUUCCGUUGCCCCCAAGUGGAGUGUGGCCUGGGCACCACCCUGGUGGAGGUGUGGAGUCCAGACCGCUGCUGCCCCUACAAGUCUUGCGAAUGUGAUUGCGACACAAUUCCAGUGCCCCGCUGCCACCUGUGGGAGAAGUCACAACUGGACGAGGUUUUUCUGCACAGCGCCGAAAACAUGUGUGGCUGCGCCAAAUAUGAAUGCGUGAAGGCCCCUGUGUGUCUGAGCCGGGAGCUAGGCGUGAUGCAGCCGGGCCAGACAGUGGUGGAACUCUCAGCCGAUGGCGUGUGCCACACCUCCCGCUGCAGCGACCUGCUGGACCCCCUGACCGGCUUCUACCAGAUCAACGCCACCUCCGUGCUAUGUGACGUCCGCUGUGAGGCGAACCAGGAGUAUGAGCACCCUCGGGACCUGGCAGCUUGCUGCGGCGCCUGCAGGAAUGUGUCCUGCCUCUUUACCUUCCCCAAUGGCACCACGUCCCUUUUUUUGCCAGGAGCAUCCUGGGUUGCAGACUGUGCCAGGCACCACUGUAGUAGCACCCCCCUGGGAGCUGUGCUGGUCCGCUCACCCAUCAGCUGCCCCCCACUCAAUGAGACUGAGUGUGCCAAGGUUGGGGGCUCUGUGGUGCCAUCACUGGAAGGAUGCUGUAGGACAUGUAAAGAGGAUGGACGCUCUUGCAAGAAGGUGACUAUCCGCAUGACCAUCCGCAAGAAUGACUGUAGGAGCAACACACCUGUAAAUCUGGUGUCCUGCGAUGGGAGGUGCCCAUCUGCCAGUAUCUACAACUACAACAUCAAUAGCUACGCCCGCUUCUGCAAGUGCUGCCGAGAGGUGGGCCUGCAGCGACGUGCUGUGCAGCUCUUCUGUGCCACCAACUCCACCUGGGUGCCCUACAUGGUGCAGGAGCCCACAGACUGUGCCUGCCAGUGGUCCUGAGGUUCAGGGCCUAAGUUUGACUCUACCGCUUCUGUUACUUCUGCUUUCUGCUUGCAGCUGG